UUUCUCUCUCUGGCCGGAGCUCUACUACAGGCGGAAGUUACAGGCGCUUGUGUUGGUGAAAAUCUCCUGUGGUGAAAAAGUGAAAAGCAGCGUAAGUGAUAAACGGCAGGCGUUUGUGACGAUUUUAACAUCAGCGCAUCAUAUAAGUGGACGCGGUUGCUUUAUUUUCCCUUCCUGCUUGGCAGACUGCUGGUUUUCGUCGGUAAAGGCAGACUGGCAUAUUUAUUGAGUUUGAUGUCUGGUUAGAUGGCCAGAGAGUGAAGCUCUCACAGUAACUCACGCGCUCAUUGAUUGGAACGUUCAGACAUUCUGUUACAUUGAUACAUUGUAGCCAGGCGGCGCGUUUCCGACUCUUGUUGAUACGGUGUAGCAGGAGAAUAGAAACAUUCACUUUAUUUAGCGAUGACUCGAUUGGGUUUAACAUAACUGCUAAAUCACGUAUGCGACUUCCAAAACAACCAAUCUAGUGGAGCCUUUUAAUCUCGGCGUUUUGCACUGGAUUUACAUUGGAAGUGACAGAGAUGGCAGACAGCGGUCGGGUGAAGCACGACAGCCCGGGCUCGAGCCCCGGACCCGGGAGGAAAAAGGCGCAGCAGUCGCCCAGUUCAAAGGCGCGGUACUCGGUUAACGCUCCCGGACACUGCUUUCGGAAAGUGACCCUGACCAAACCGACCUUCUGUCAUCACUGCAGCGACUUCGUAUGGGGGAUUGUCGGGUUUGUUUGUGAAGUGUGUAACUUCAUGUCACAUGAGAAGUGUUUGAAGCACGUCAGGACCGUGUGUUCCUGUAUGGCUCCCACACAAGUUCGGGUUCCUGUAGCGCACUGCUUCGGUCCCGCCGGUCAGAAGAAGAGGUUCUGCGGUGUUUGCCGGAAGCAUCUAGAAGGCAGUUCGGCUCUGCGUUGUGAAGUGUGUGAGCUGCAUGUGCACAGCGACUGUGCCCCGUUCAGCGUUAGCGACUGUCGUUUUUGCCACCAAGAUGGAGGGCAAGACAUUGACACGUACCAGCACCACUGGCGGGAGGGGAACAUGUCCUCAGGUGCCCGCUGUGAGGUCUGUCGUCGCACCUGCAGUUCUUCGGAUGUCCUGGCUGGCAUGAGAUGCGAAUGGUGUGGCAUUACGGCACAUGCGUCAUGUUACAUAAUCAUCCCCCCAGAGUGCAGCAUGGGACGGUUGCAGAACAUGAUUCUUCACCCCAGCUGCGUCCGGAUCUGCUCGCGGAACUUCAGCAAGAUGCACUGUUACAGAAUCUCAGAAAAUUCCCACCACAGCGAGAUGGACAACCUGGAUGAUGUCGAUACUCCAAGUCCAGUAACUUCUAAGGAAACUCAGUCUACUGUAUCACCUGACACAGGUAAACAGACGCUGAAGGUUUUCGAUGGUGACGAUGCAGCUAAACGUAAUCAGUUUCGUUUGGUUUCAAUCCCUCGAAUAAUCAAGAAUGAGGAAGUAGUGGAAGCGUCGCUCAGAGCGUUCUACAUCCCAGAUGAACCGCAGGAUUAUGAGCUACAGAGUUACAGCCAACAGGGACUGUUUACAGAUGACAUCAUCAACCGUAAUGGCACGCCGGACAAUAAGCCCAUAUUUAAGGAUACCGUGUCUGAUUCCUGGGUGCUCAGAUCAAAACCUAAAGAAACGGAAGUGGUGAAGAUUUAUUCCAGUUCGCGCAAGGUUGAAGUCACCUCAGUUACUGCUGGGAAAAGCAGCACAGUAGACUCAAUCUUAAAGGAAGUGCUCCCACGAAUAGAAAAACAGAAUGAAAACCCUGCUGACUUCAACCUUGUAGAAGUGUUCAUGAGCAGCAAACAAGUGCAACGGCAAGUCCUCAGUGGUCAGGAGAUUUUACUGGGCAAACUGCAGGAGAUACGGAAGACAUCGUUGCGACAGAUGAACCAGACACGGUUUUACAUUGAGGAAAGCAGGAAUCGAGUGGCACAAGUCAAUCUGCUCUUGGGAGGCUUUCCGACACAGCUUGAAAAAGAGGAAUACAUACACCUGCUAUCCGAACACCUCUCAGUCAAAAGUCAUUUGGUCACCAUCACUUACGUGCACUCUGAACAAGGUGCUGUGGUUCUGCAGAUCAGCUGUUUCUCAGAGGCGGAGAGGAUUUACAUGCUGGCAAAAGACAUCAGCAUCAGUGGCAAACAGCUCUACUCACUUGUCAUACCUGAGAUCAUGCAAAGCAAGCUGGCCAAAGGAAGUUGCCCCCUGCUAGUCUUUGUCAACCCUAAAAGUGGUGGAUUAAAGGGCAGAGAGAUCUUAUACAGUUUCCGAAAACUUCUAAACCCUCACCAAGUGUUCGAGCUGACCAGUGGAGGACCACUUCCUGGGCUGCACACGUUCAGGGACGUCCCUCACUUUCGGAUCCUGGUGUGUGGAGGAGACGGCACAGUGGGAUGGGUGCUGGGGGUUCUGGAGUCCAUCCGGCACAAAAUCGCCUGUCCUGAGCCAGCGAUCGGCAUCAUACCAUUGGGCACCGGAAACGAUCUGGCUCGAGUGUUGCGAUGGGGGGCGGGAUACAGCGGCGAGGACCCCUUUAAUAUCCUGCUGUCUGUGGAUGAGGCAGAGGUAGUGCAAAUGGACCGCUGGACAAUUCUUCUGGAUGCACAGGAAAUGACAGAGGAUGGCAAAGAGAAUGGCUUCCUAGAGCCACCCAAGAUUGUGCACAUGAAUAAUUAUUUUGGGCUGGGAAUUGAUGCUGAACUGAGUCUGGACUUUCAUCAUGCACGUGAGGAGGACCCAGACAAGUUUAAUAGCAGGUUCCACAAUAAAGGUGUGUAUGUAAAGGUGGGCCUGCAGAAGUUGAGUCACACACGAAACCUUCAUAAAGACAUCAGACUGCAAGUGGACAAACAGGACGUGGAACUGCCUAGUAUAGAGGGACUGAUAUUCCUCAAUAUUCCCAGCUGGGGUUCUGGUGCUGACCUGUGGGGCUCAGACAGCGAGUCUCGGUUUGGGAGGCCAAGGAUAGAUGACGGGAUGCUGGAGGUGGUGGGAGUUACUGGUGUGGUGCACAUGGGUCAGGUUCAGAGUGGUAUGCGUUCUGGGAUUCGUAUCGCUCAGGGCAGCUACAUUCGUAUCACUGUGAACAAACCCAUUCCAGUGCAGGUGGAUGGAGAACCCUGGAUACAAUCACCUGGACAGAUCAUCAUCUCUGCUGCCGGACCAAAGGUUUGCAUGCUGAGAAAGUCCAAGACCAAGCAGAAGAAACAAUCAGGCAGUUUGAAGGAAGGCCGUUCCGACAGUCCAGCUCCCAGUGAUGGUGGGCAGUGACAAACAGUUCAUUCACAGCCCUUUACUGUCGCCUUGACAACUUUUCUUUUAGUCUGUCCUCUGUUCUUUGUUACAUUCUGGGUGGCUAUCAACGUUACUUUAGCUGAACUAGAAUGUGUUACGCAGACAUCUCGAUCAUCUCAUAGUCUGUAGUGUCCAAACGCCCCAUCUGACGAUAGCACUGCAGUCUGUUUCUCAGGACUCUAGCUGCCCUCGGCCUGUUUCCGGCCUGUUUUUGCCUUAGAUUCAUACUAGUAUAGAUAUUUUUGUUGGUUUUAUUUUGAUUGCCAAACCGUAUCUUCUUUUCAAAAGGAAUAUUGUCUUAAAGUAGUCCAUCACUGAAAUGCGACAGCACAUAUUAAUAAGCAACCAGUAUUUUAUCACAUUGCGCUUAUCACAAAUGCCAAAUACCAUUUUGUGAACAUUGCCAAGUUCGUAUGUGACAAUGGCCUUUUUGGUUUAUGGUACAUACUGUGACUCACCUGGUCAUUAUUCGUCUUUAUAAUGAUUAAUGUCUUACUUGAGGUUUAUUUGCAAUAGCAGCCCCCUAGUAGCUUUCCACAAGUAUCUGAACCAAAAUAAUGCAGUAUAAAUGUACAAACAACUAGUUCUUCUUCAUUAAGAGCACAUUUGAUUGUAUAAGUGGAUCGGGGAGAGAUUAUUGUCUUUGUUUAUCAAUUUUGUAGCUUUCUCAGCUGUGAGACUGGAGGCGUAAUUAUGCGCGAGAAACAAUGCGGCGUCAUCACAGCCGUUUUGAAAAAGACGGAUGAAUAUCAGUAGCUUUUUGAACGUGUGUGGUACCGAAAAAUACUGUGAAAUGCUUAAAAGAGUUGUUGAUUUUACAAAGGAUGAAUGUUUGUAAAUUCCCUGCAAUGUUUGUGGACAUGCACCACUUUUGGUGUAAUAGUAAUAUAAUGCCGUACGUUACUUGAUGAAACAUUCCAUGCAAGAUCACGUAGCAUAUGUGGUAUUUAAUGUGGUGCCAGGGCAUAUGAACCUUUAAGCCAACAUGGCUUUAUCAUGUUCUAGUGAAAGCAUUGAUUUGUAAGUAAAUAUGUUACUGUUACUUGACAUAGUAGACAGUCAUGUAAAGCUACUCGUCCUAUUGUAAAGCUAAAACUAGAGGCGAGCACAGUGUUGUAAUAUAUUGGCUAGUGUAUAUGUGGUUUCUGUAUAGUGACUGGUCAGCCCUGGAUUCAUGAGGCUGGCCUUAAAUAUUGUAUGUAUGAUCGGUUAGACACUCCACUCCCAAUCAGGCUUGCAUUAUUGGUAGGCCGUUGCCCAGUAAACGUGCUGGAUGCAGGGUGCAGCCUGUCUGACUUCAUCUACCUCGUCUCACCGGCACACAUCACUCCGAGAAUCAAGUUCUGCCAAGCUCGCCCAAAGACUUGCUCCUGCUUUUCAUUCUGCACUUCAUAGAUUGUGGGAAUAUUCGGAAUUGACCAUAAUCAGGUUGGAUUCCAUAUUGAAUUCAACACAGAUGCCACAAAAUGCAUGCCUUUUGUGAGAAAGUGUGACGUGCUAGAGCAAAACACACCGUUUUUGGCAUCAGCACCAGAAAAUUAGUGGGGCCCUAUGAUUUCUGUGAUGCGGAAAACGCAGAGGGGAUCACAGAAUCCUGAAAACGGGAAUUUACUGUAUCACGGAAUUUGCCAAAUUUUGGAUGGAUAAAUCAAAAAUAGGUCAACUACACUAAAUUAAACGUGAUAUGGACUAGUGUGAAUAUUAAGCUGCAAAAAUACCAUUUAAAUAUGAACCCUGCGUCUUCUGCGUGUCACGGUUUCAUUUACUACACAUACCGCUCGUGGUGUUUCCAGCCUCUGCCGCCUCAAUAUAUGAGCACAUGAAUAUAAUCUCUACAAUUUACAAACUACAAUCUGAGAGUCACUUAAUGAACUAUCGUCAUAUCAUAUACAAACAGAAACCUAAAGGUCUUCAGAAACCCGUCAAAAUAAAAGUUUGGUUUAACUUGAAGAAACUGUGACAGAAAAAUUACUUAAUGUAAUGAUAGUACUAAUACUGAUAAUAAAAUUGAAACAUUAUUUUAAAAGGAAUAUUUACUAGAAAAAAAUAUUUACCAGAAUUUAUUUUGCGGAUAAUUGUAAAUACACAACACGGUAUUUCUGGAAAAAUAAAAUAAAUAAAAUAAUCAUACAUUAUUUUUUAUAAAAUCAAUUAAUUAGUAAUGUUUUUGAUUAUUAAUAUUUAAUGAAACUAUUAAAAUGGAUGGAAAAAAUAAAACUGAAUUUGAGAAAAAACAAAACAUAGGGCAUUAAAAAUAUUUUCUGUUAAAAUUUUAAUAAAUUGCUAUUUAAUAUUGUACAUUCCAUGAUUUCAAUUAAUUAGACAUGCUUUUUGAUGAGUAAAAUUUUAUUUAACCAUUAAAACAGCGUCCAGAAAAAUUUAAAUGGAAAAAACAGAACUUUGAAAAAAAUAAAAAUAAAAUGGAUUUCAUAGGGCCCUAAAUUAGUAAGAUACAAGUAUUUGAUUUCAUUCAGCUAAUAUAAUGCAGACCGGUGUUAUAUACCAUAAUACGGUUUUUUAGUUCAUUGACAGAUCCAAGAUGAAGCUGCAGUCUUCUCUCGCCGAUUCGCCCUCUCUCGUGUCGUUCAUUUGCCAGCGACGUGUACAGUGGUGAUUUCUGCAUUAGUCGUGCCUGUUGCCAGGACAACCCCUCGGGCUAACGUGCUGUUCUGUGGUGUGGUUUGGCCCGAGCUCUGCGUUUAGUGCCUCAUAUAAGUGCUUCUACAACUUCCGCGGUAUUGCCGUACGUGUGCAUUUAACUCCAUGCCAUUCUGUUUGUUUUGCUGGUUCAGUGACUAUGAAGUAGAACCGUGCUGUUCUAGGUCUUUUAGAGCUGAUGUGCCUACUAAUAGGGUGAAUUGCAUGAAAACGUGUCACAUUUCACCCCAAAAAUUGAAAAGAAAAAAAUCGAAAUAAUUAUAUUUAAAUUUUAGGACCAAUACGAUUUUUUCUUCUCGUCAUUUUGACAUUCUUUUCAUGAAAAUUAAGCACAUUUCCACCAAAAAUUCUCAUGACACAGUAAUGCAUCCAGAUUUUUUUUUUUUUUGUAAUUAUCAUACAAAUUAAAAAAAAUUAAAAUUUAGUUUACAUUUAAGGGAGUACAACAGUUACUACAAUUCUGUAUAAACACUUGACAGUAUCUCGAAAAGAAUGAAAAAAGCAAAGUAUAAUUUCUUAUUUCUUUUGAUUUUAGGAUGAAAUAUGACCACCUUUUGUGAGAUUCACCUAAUAACUUUUUGUCAAAACUGUUUAAGUUAUUUUACCUCCUGGUGUGAUUUGAAGUUUUCUGAUUACUUCUUGUAAAGUGGGUUAGAAUUAAUGUUCUGAGAUCUAUAUAGAUGUAUAUUUUUGGAGAUAAAAUGUUUUUAAUUUGAUUCUAUAAAGAUAUUGCACUGACUGUACUGUUUUAAAGAUGCUUUUAAGUGUACAUUGUGUUUAAUGAAUAUUAAAUAACUAAAUGUAUAGAUAUAUCAUCAGCUGUAUAACAGAUGGAUGUGUCCAAUGAAAAAAAAAAAAAAGACAUAAAUUUGGACUUUUUAAUACA